CUCUGCAAACAACAGUUGUUAAAACCAUAUAAUAAGUGGUUCAAAAUAAGAUAUCAUAUUGAGAUGUUCCAUUCAGUCAUUUGAAUGGACCUAUAAAAGAUGACUGAAAAUUGCUCCAUUACUAUUAGAGAAUUUCUUGAGAAAAUCUACGAGAUAAUUCACCAAAUUUAUCUGCAGGCGUGAUUAAAUUGGAUGGUCAGUUUAAAUCAAGAUAGGAUUUGAUCCAAUUGAUCAGAUGUAACAUGGUAUCAGAGCGGGAAGAUCUGGACCGCACUAAUUCAUAAACACAGAUCAAUUCAAAACACAAUUUCUCGAGAAAUUAUAAUUGUUCGCAAUUUUUUCUUAAAAAUCAGAACUGUAAGUUUUCUUCUUCAAAUAGAAGCUUGUUUUCAGUAAAUUGAAGCUAAUUGAGGCAUAAAAAUGGCGAAUCUCAUAGUAGAGACACUAGAACAUAGUCAUCCCCUAUAUUUGCAACAAUUAGAUGCACCUAGUGUUGCUUUAAUUGGUAUAAAACUUAAUGGUCCUGAAAAUUAUGGAAUAUGGAGAGAUCGAUGAGUUUAGCCCUAAUGGUGAAGAACAAGUACUGCUUUGCUGAUGGAACCUGUAAGAAAAGUUCAUACAAAGGAGAAUUGGAAACUCAAUGGGAAAGGUGUGAUGUUAUAGUAUUACCAUGGAUUAGCAGCACUAUGGCACCAAAUUUAGUCACUACAAUAUUCUAUGCUCCAAAUGCAAAGUAUGUGUGGGAUGACUUCAAAGAACGAUUCAAUAAGUCAAACUUUACCAGAAUUUAUCAGAUAUGGACUGAAGUAGUAUGCUUAAGGCAAGGUAGAGAUUCUGUAACUGACUAUUACACUAAAAUAAAGAACUCGUGGGAUGAAUUUGAUGUAUUAAUUCCUUCACCUUCGUGUAGAUGUGUGGAAGCUAAGCCCUAUGUAGAACAUUUACAUCAACAAAGAUUGUUAAUGUUUCUAAUGGGAUUGAAUGAGUCUUUUAGUCAUGUGAGGAGUGAUAUAUUGCUUAAAUCUGAUGUGCCUAGUGUGAAUCAGGCUUAUGCUACUGUUGUACAAGAGAAGAGUCAAAGACAGUUAGGAGUAGUGGAGGCUAACAAAGAAGUUCUCACUAUGUUAGCUGGUAGAGGACAAAAUUUUAGAGGAAAAAGGCCAACAGGGACAUUCCAAGGUCCAUCUUGUGAGGUUUGUGACUAUAAAGGACAUAAGACAGUGGACUGCUAUAGGUUAGUUGGAUACCCUGCUGAUUUCAAAAGUAACAAGAAAACAAAUCAGAUUGGCUCAAGUGGUUAUGAUCAAUACCAAAAUCAAAUACAGCAUGGAGGUUAUAAGCCUAGAGGUGCACAACAAGGUGAAACAAGCAGUUUCAGAUCAUAUGCCAAUAAUGCAGCAGCAGAACAGGGGCAAGGACAUCUUCUUACUGAAGAGUAGCAGAAUCAGAUGAAGCAUUUGCUGUAGAACACUGAUCUGAAUGAAUGCAAGGCUAAUAUGGCAGUAUCAGCUUUUUCCCCACCUUUUGGGUGUUACAGGAUCUUUGCACUACCAAAGUGAUUGGGAUUAGUAGACAGUCUAAUGAUUUGUACCCGCUGAAAGAUGGAAUAAAGGCAGCUGUGAAUGUAUCAAUGAAGAGUUUAGAUACAUUUGAACUUUGGCAUCUCAGACUUGGUCAUCCUUCACUCAAGGUAAUGCAACAUAUCUCAACCAUCAAACAAGACUUGAAGAAUCCUCCACAACAAUGCUGCCAGAUAUGCCCCAUGGCUAAACAAAGUAGAUUACCCUUCCCUCAUAGUACAAAUAAGUCAGAUCAUAUUUUCCAAUUAGUACAUAUAGAACUCCCACAUAUGACAGGAAAUAUUACUUUGUUAAAAUAGUUUAUGAUUACAGUAGAUUUAUGUUUGAUUCAACAUAAAACUGAGGUUCUCAUUGUACUAAAACAUUUCCUGACAAUGGUAUGUACUCAGUUUGGUGUUAAAGUACAAGUGUUGAGGUCUGACAACGGUACUGAAUUUACUAACUUAAAAUGUAAAAAUCUUUUUUCUUUUCUUGGCA